AUGGGCCAUAUUGGAUACCCCUGGGCUGCAGAAACCGUGGCAGUUGCGUGGAAGCAUAAGAAUGUAUACAUUGACAGGGUCAACGAAUACCUUGUCAAAGACGAGAGUACUCUUGAAGAAUUUAUGGGGGGAAAUGCACUUCGCCUCCUGAGGCUGCCUCCUGUCAGCUUAGUCAAAAUAAAACCCAAGAUGUAG